AUGGCCGAUUACGCUCAAUUUCCUCCACACUCCGAGGAUGUCCGGGAUAACUUCGCCAAGCUCGGAGUAAACGACAAAAGGGAAAAGGAUGUCAAUUUUCGAACUCUCCAAUCCAGGCGAAAGGUUUCACCCGCCCAUACUAGGGCCACACCAAUGCGCUAUAAGUACUACGUCUUUACGAGGACAGAGAAUUGGAAGGUUGCAGAUAAGGUCGAGAUCAUUGCGCCGCAAGAGGAGUUAGAGCGAAAAGUCGCCAAGGGCAAGAAGAGCCAUUCGGUGCUGGAAGCCAUGAAGAACAUGAGCCCAGACCGUCGAGCUCAGAUUCACCGGCUUCUAACUGAGAAGAAUCUUGCCAACGAGCAUGGUGAUGCUGUGAGUGGCAAUGCGUUCUUAUCAACUCUCCCAACCCAAGGGACAGGACGGUAA